UCCAUAUUUAGCACAGUAGAAAGCAGGCUUCCAGACCAGGGGCCUGUUGCACAAAAGUAGAAUUAAGACAUCCGGGAUAAAUGACUCAGCUGAGCUCAAUGAAGCCAAAACAUGUGCGUCCAGGCUUAAUUGGUUGCACAAAGACCAAGCCAGGAUGAGCAGACACGGAUUCAUUAAGCCAGGUGAAACCAAUCCUGGAUAGGUGCGCGCUCACGGCUCACUCAAAUAGACCCCGCCACAGAUCACAGAUUAACUGAUUUACCAUGGCAACUAGAGCCGCGUACUUUUCCCCGUCGGAAGCACAAAUCCUCAUGGAGGCAUACGAGGAGGUAAAAGAUAUAAUUAAGAAGAAAGGCAACACCGCCACAGUGAUAAAGCAAAGAGAAAAAGCGUGGCAAAGUAUUGCAGACCGCCUGAAUGCGUAAGUAGUGCACAAUUACACAGUCACCGCUCCGCUGAAACAUCACAAUUACAAUUCAAAUAUUUAAUUCACAUCUCCAAAAAUGCAGUUGUACUGUAAUUAUGAAACGGUUAAAUUUUUAAUUGAAAUGCACUGCAGAUAUGAGUGAAAUUGUGUAAAGUAACUCCAUCACACUGUAUAAAGCUAUGAUAAAUUUUGAUAUUUUUACUGAAAACAAGACAAAAAUACCAAGUAAUUUUUUGCAGUGUGACUCCAUUAAAUGUGUGUGUGUGUGUAGAUUAAACAUGAACGGGCCAAAACGGACAUGGCAGCAGGUCAAAAUCAAAUACAAGAACAUUCUGCAGAAUGGUAUGGUCCCUGACUAAUAUUUAACAAAGCACAAGCAUAUAUUGUACCCAGAAGGUGCCUGCUCACACAUUGUCUGUACUGUUUUAGCAGUGAAAAAGAAUACCCACAGACAAGGCACGGGUGGUGGGUCACCAAAGGCUGACCUUACCCCAGCAGAGGACAUGGCCUUGGAGCUAAAUAAAGGCAGGCCCGUCUUAGAGGGGAUCCCUGGGGGGAAAGAGACGAGCAUAGGUUCCUCCCAAGAUGCCACCCGCUUCAUUCAAGUGUCUGGCAGCACUGUGUUCCUGUUAGAGCCACCAGCACAAGCACCAGACGAUGCUGAUCCAGUGAGUACUCCAUCAAAGGCAUACUGUAGGCCUGGCAUGUCUUGUCUACUAGCUUCAAUAUGAAUCCGAUUAAAUGUGAUAGGGUGAAGGCCCCAGUGCAGCAGCAACAGCACAUGAUGGAGACGAUGAUGAGGAGGAGACCAUCUCUCUGGAUUCCAGAAGGCAUGAGGUAUCAUGUUAAGACUGUGAAAGUACUAUUUACUCUACAAUGGUGAGGAGUCCUCAUCAAAAUCAAAAAAUCGAAUUUCUUUUACAGGACCCAGAUGCUAUACAGUGGGAAAACCAGCCUGGCAACAUAGUGCGUAUUAAUAAAAGGACACCACAUCCUGCCAAAUUCCAGCUGCGCUAAUUGUAUUGUGUUCACAGAGCUCACAAGCUAUCAGGAAGUUGAACGGCAACCACCUCCGGCGCCAAAUAGAACUGGCAGACAUAGACAUUCAGUACAAGAAGAAAAAUAUGGAAAAUCUUGCACUGGAGUCCGAAAUAAAAAAGAGGACAAUUAGGAAACUGGACCUUGAAAUAAAAUAACUUGAGAGGGAGCUCCAAGAAGAUGACACAGCUCAAAAUAAAAAUUAGGUAUAUUCUCGUAAAGUCAAGUGAGCCAUGACAUAUGAGUUCUUAUUGUGAGCACACAGGACGGUGGCAUCUUUCUAAGGUUUUUUUUAUUUUCCCGGCAAUCAGUACAACCAAGUCAUCGUUAUAAGGCAUCGCCCUCUUUUGCCCACCCCCCCAGCACCAGGUGUGGCCACUAGCCUAUAUGAAGGCCCAAAAUUGUGUGUUCCUUUCUGCUCUGACAAUGGCAUGCCCAUUCGUGCGAGAAGUGGUGGAUGAAGAAGCACUUGUGCUGAGGAGAGCCUUCAGGCGAGAAAGGGUCUUCAGGGACCGGUUGGACCCACUGGCCUUCCCUGAUGACCAUCUAUAUGAAAGAUACAGGUUUUCUGCAGAUGGCAUCAGGUAUCUAUGCAGACUACUGGGUCCCAGGAUUAAGCACCGCACUGCACGGAGCCAUGCACUGAGUGUGGAGCAAAUGGUUUGUGUGGCCUUGCGCUUUUUUGCUAGUGGAGCCUUCCUGUACUCAGUGGGGGAUGCUGAACAAGGCCACAAUUUGCCGCACAAUAAGGAGCGUGUGUCUGGCUAUCAAAGCAUUAGCAGAUGUCUUCAUCUCCUUCCCUGGCCACAGAAGACUCUGUGACAUCAAAGAGGAGUUCUAUAGGAUUGCAGAUGGUCUGCAAUGCUGACUGUGUGAUCAGCAAUGUUGUGGCAAAAUGGCCUGGCUCAGUCCAUGACUCCAGAAUCUUUCGGGCCUCUGAAAUCUAUCAGUGCCUAUCACAAGGUGUGUUGCUGGGAGACAGGGGGUAUGGCUGCCAGCCUUUUCUCCUGACACCUUUCACAGACCCCCAGGAAGCACAGCAGGCCUACAACCAUGCCCAUGCCAGGACCAGGGCCAGAGUUGAAAUGACCUUUGGCCUCCUGAAGGCACGCUUUCACUGCCUUCACAAAUUAAGGGUCAGCCCUGUUAGGGCAUGUGAUAUUACUGUGGCUUGUGCUGUCCUCCACAAUGUGGCCUGCCUGAGGAAGGAGAGGGCCCCCAGAGUGCCACCAGCCAUGGACUGGGACAAUCCGGCAAUCUUCCCUGAUGACGACAGUGGUCGGCUGCUGAGGGACCAAUAUGUGUUGAAUUAUUUUAGUUAGUAUGUGUGCUUUCAAUUUUGGUUAAAUAUGUCCUGCGGUGGCAGAGGAAUUUGGUUUUUUUUGGGUUCGUUUUUUUACGAAUUUGGCCUCUUAUGAUGUUUGUGCGGUAUACUGUGUGUAAUACAAGGCUGCAGGGAGGCUACUGCAUCCAUUCAUUUGUCUGUUCAGUUGAUGUGUAUGGAUUUGUCCUGCAUUUAUUUUAGUGUGCAGACAUGCAGGGUGUGUUAUAUACAGACCUUUGAAUGUGUAUGUAUCAUUUUGUAUAAUAUGCUUGGAUUCUGUGCUUUCCAUCUUGUAGAGUCACUGUGACUUCAGUUUCGAAAGGAGCUGAUGGUUUACCUGCUUUGUUUUGUCCUUAUUCAAUAAAGGAACAUAAUGUUA